AUGAUCAGACAACAUAACCUUUCCAUAGAUACCGAAGCCGCGGCAAAAGGACAGAGAGUUAACAAUAAAUCAUCGGCACAAAAAAUCCGCAAUAACGAGGUUGAUUCAGAUGAUAAUAGUUCAGUAGAAGGAAAUGAUACUUAUAGCAAUAAUAUAGAUUUGGAAGAGGAAGAAGAUAUAUCUUCUUCCCCUUCAAUUCCUGACGAAGACAUUAAUUUUAGCCUAGUUUACGCUUUACAUACCUUUCAAGAGACGGUUGAUGGUCAGGCUAGCGUGGAAAAAGGAGAAUCACUAACCUUAUUAGAUGAUUCGAAUAGCUACUGGUGGUUGGUUAAAGUUUUGAAGACCACAAAAGUUGGUUACAUACCAGCAGAAAAUAUUGAGACUCCGUAUGAAAGACUUGCGAGAUUAAAUAAGCAUCGUAACGUUAACUUAUCUUCUUCACUUAAUAACACGGAAGAGGAUUUGAAUUUGCUUGCUCAAAAGAAAUCACAAGGGAAAGGUGUUUCAUUUACUUCACCCAUAUUUAUUGUAGCAGAAGAAGAGGAGGAUUAUUAUGAUGAUGAGGAAUUUUUCGAAGAUGCUGAAAAUGCUGAAUUCCUUGAAGACGGAGAAGAGGAACAAUAUGAUGAAACUUAUGAACCCACAAUGGAACAUGAUGAGGGAGAACAAGAAGAUGGAAGAGAUGAACCGGAUGAGAUAGAAGUUUUAGAUAAUCAAGAUGUUGAAGGUGGAGAAAUUUCAAGAUCAAAUACAAUCAAGACACAAAGCGUUUCAAUCGUAGCAAAUAAUAUAGGUCAAAUAGCGGGAGUUCGAGCGCAAAAUGGUGACAAUGUCGAAUCGGAACCUGACGUUUAUCAAAAUGAUUUGUCGACAGGACAACAAAUAUUAAAGGGACCACAAAAAAUGAAUCAAAGUGCAGGUGAUAAUCAAAGUACUGAUAAACAAACUGGAGAUGGAGCUAUUAAUUCGUCAAAAGAAACUUCAAAAUCACCAAAGCCAUCAGGUCCAGGGGAAAUAAGCCUUGAUAACCAGUCUGAUGAUAUAAUGAUUAACAAUAAUUCACCCAAAGAAACUCAAAUACAACCAGGAUUGGGAAUAAAACCAACCGCAAAACUAGAUAUAGAUGGCAUUAAAGAAUCAUCCGACACUAUAAAAAUGACUUUGACUCCUCAAUUAGGCAGUGACUUUAUUGAUUUCUCUGAUGACGACGAAGAUGUGCGUAGACCUAAGCAAGGAGGCUUUUUCGGAAGGAGUGAUAGUAAUGAUAGUAUUAAAGUGCCCACAACUCUUGAAGAAUAUAAUAAGAGUAUAUUAGCAGAGCAAAUGUCGUCGCCUUCUCCAAUUUCCCCUGUCACUUCCUCGCCUGCCGUUAAACCCGUACAUCAACCAAUUCGACCUCAGCAGCAAAUAGAUCAGUCACAAAUUCAACCGAGAUUGGGUUCCAUUGCAAAUAAGCAACAACGUCCUCAAAUUCAAGGACAGGAUAUGCGGAUGCAAGUUCGUCCUCAAUCGCCACCACAACCACAAAAUAUUCAACAACAAACGUAUGGAUUGCAACCCAAUCAAAUGCAGCAGGGACAACAACACUUUCAACAACCUGGAUAUCAACAAGGUCCAGAAGGGCCUAAACGUGAUCUACAAAAAAGUAAAAUGCAACAAGGUACCGGUCUUAUUCGACCUACGCAAGGUCAACCUCAAGGUCAAAAAAGCAGGAUAGCUCCAUCACCUAUACAAGUAAAAGAAGAUACUCAAUCUGAAAGCUCGGCACCGACGACACCAGCCACACUUUCGAAUUCCAUGUAUAAUGUACUUCGUAUUUUUUUAGGACAAAAUAUUCAAUCGAAUAUGGAAUUCAAAAUUGUAUUGUUAAAUCAAACUACAACGGCCUCUGGUCUAAUCAAACAAGCAUUAUCCCGAUUCAAAUUAGAUAAUGAGGAUAAUUGGGACGAUUACUUUAUUACCAUUAAAGAAGUUGACGGAGAUAUUAUUCAAUUAAUGCCUCAUGAUCGUCCCCUCGAGAUAUUCCAAUCGUUAACAUCUUCAUAUAUAGUUCCAUUACCAACUAUAAGAAGAAGUUCAAUCUCGUCAGUUUCUUCAAAUAUUUCCGCCCAUACAGCAAUAAAAGGUCUAGGAUUACAUGAUGACAAAAAUAGCGUCACUUUCUAUUUGAAUAAAAAAGCAAAGAGAAAUAGUCGAUCCCUGAUUGAAAAGAAAUUACGAGUACGUGUUUUAAUAUAUGCAGAUGAUUUACCUGCUCAUUUACGUGCAAAAGGAACAGUUCCAAGAGCUUCUCUGUCUGUGCCAAAACAUAUUGCUGAAAAAGCUGCACGAAGGCGUUCGAGAGAAGAAGGAAAACCUAAAGAGAAAACUGUAUCUGUGACGGGAACUGCUACCGUUAAUGAUGUAUUAGAACGAGCCAUGGAAAAAUUUGGAAUUCUUGAUGGUAUGGUUGAUGAUGGUGAGCGAAUAUUAGAAAAUGAUGAUGGAAAGCCUCGUUAUAGUCUUAUGGUUAUUGUUAAUGGUGAAGAAAAAUUAUUGAAAACUGACAUAAACAUAGUUUCAGUAUAUCCUUCAUUACCAAAUUUUCGUCAUUUAUCGAUUGAUUCUUUGGACUCUAAUUCAUCAAUAGCAUUGGAUUAUCGUCCCGAUGAACCAAUAUUUGUUUUACGACUUUUGCGACCUGAAGAUCGUCAGCUACGUUCAAUGCCUUCGGUUUCUGAAAUAAACCGAUUUACUCAAGAAGUUAAAGUAAAAGAUCCACCUUCAAUACAAAGUUCUAAUUUUAAUAGUGAAUAUUUAGGUACUGAAGAUAGUGAAGCCUUAUCUAAGAAACAAUUAAUAGAACAGCAACGUGAAUAUAGUCGAGCCAAACAAAAGUCAAUUAUUUAUGCAAACAAAAAUGAAACAGGUGUGGACAUUCUUACAAACAUUGGUUCUAUUAGAAGUUCUAGAAUAUUCGGAUCAAAGGUACGAUAUUCUUUUAUUCCAGCUGGAGGUGAGGUUAUCGAUAUUAGUGAAAUUAUUGAAGAUAUUUGGGGUGAUGAUGAAAUAUUGAAUGUGCCAAUUGAAUUGGAAUCAUCCAAGGAAGAUUUAGACCCAUCAUCUAAUGAGCUGGAAGGUGUUGCACCUUUGUCUAUAAAUAAAAAGGAACAAUACAGAAGAAGCACUACGCAAGAUGUGGAUAUUUUAGAAAAAAUGGUUGAUAAAGUUCAGAACAAUGACGUGAGAGCAUCACAGGCAAUGGAAGAUAGAAUAGAACGUGUAUUAAAUAAGGUUAGAACUGGUCAAUAUGGUAGUGAUGCAAUUAAGAAUGAUAAAUUUAAUUCGAAGAAAUAUCUAUCGGUUAAAACCAUUGCGGAUAAUAAAUCGAUUACUCAAUCGAAUGGUUCUGUAGAUUCUGAUUCAGAAUAUGCUGAUGCAACGUCGGUUAAUUAUGGACGCAAACCAAGUUCUGCUUCCGAUUUAUCGUCUACUUCCGAAUCGUCCUUAUCAACGCCCAUUAAGCCUUCACUCUCAGUAUCAUCAGAAAGUGAUUGGAUACUUACAGAUGAUUUUGGUUUACAAGAACUAUUGAUUUUAGUCAGAUCAGGUGUAAAUAUGUUAGAGUUAAAAGAAAGGCGUAGGAGUGGAUGGCAUUUAAGUGAUGAUCCAGAGAAGGUUUUAGAACAAAUAAAACCUACAGAAAUUAGAGAUGAAAUCAAAUCUGUUUUUGCAAACGUUAAUGAUGAACUUGAUAAAUUAGAAAAGAAAGAGUGGGGGAAGGCAUUGAAAGAGUCUGUUGUUUCAUCAACAAGAAAGCUAUCAUCUGCUAAUAUCAAAGAAAUACUUUACAAAUAUGUCAAUAAUGAUAAAAAAUUUUGCAAACCACACUCCAACUCAUAA